AUCUUGAGUAGCUUAAUCCUAUUGGAAAAGCAAAAACAGAAUUAAGAACCUCUCCAUCUAGCAGCAAUAGCUUCAAGAUAGGAGUAAUACAGCACUUUUUGUCAAUCGCUGAAGAGAUUUGUGCUGACGUGCAUAGUAUAGACUUAUUAUUCAGAAGAUGAAACGGGGAGGAGGACAUUACGGCAGCGCCGGAGAUUCCUCCGCCGACAACGCAUAUUCCCAGAUUCAGCAUCACGCCCAACACGCCAUGCCCGAAGAACACCAGCAGCAAUGGAGAUGGGAGCGAGAGAGCCCCACUCUGACCACCAACGCUAUGUCUCCUAACAUGUUUCCCGAAGGGAAAGGGGCUGAGGCAUCAAGAUCUUAUUAUCAGGGCUUAAGGACAGAUCCAAGGACCCAAUUAGACAACCAAGGUGGCAAAGAUCACAGAUCUCAGCCCAUUGAAGAGGAUAUGGAUAUUGGUUAUGAAGAUAACCCCAUGCCACAACCAUCUCUGGAGGGUCUUGAACAGAAGUUCAUGAACGACAUCAAGAAGCUGAGUAAGGAGCAAUAUGAUGCAGAGGAUGCCGAAAAUGCCAGGCAUAGGGAGCGAAUAAAUGCCAUCAAUGCUCAGUUUGAAGAACAGCUAGUUGCCCUAAGAGCCCGGCAUGCUGGUCGCAGAGAGGAUGCUCUUAGAAGGGAAUCCCAGUCAAGGCUUGUGCAGUACGAACAGGUUGGAUUGGAUAAUUAUCCAAACACCAACACUGCAUGUCAUUCGGACCCUCACGGGUAUCCUACAAGUGGAGAACGACAACGACCCUAUAAUAACAACAAUAAUACCAACAAUAAUGCCAAUAAUAUAUAUGACUCAUACAGAGAGAGAAGUCGGUUUACUGGAAGCGGAAGAGAUCAUGGGUACGAAUCUAGUAGAGCCCACUACCCUGCCGGGGGCCGUGCUUACGGAACAGGUGGCUCACGCUACUACUGAUUUGUCCUCAAUGCCUGUUUUUUUUUUUCCAUUUCCAGUUUGCUGCUUACAGAGUAUUAACUACUGAAUCUUGCUGAACUAUGUGUAUUCUAAUGCAGUCAGUGGACCUUUUAGUAGUGUUUCAAUGGUCCAGGAGAAUCAGGAGUUCAGAGCUUCUUGCACUUAAUUCUCCCCCAUGUGUUUAUCUUUUUCCUGCUUCUGUUUUUGCUUAAA